AUGACUAGAGAUUAUGUUGGUGAGUAUGUUACUCGACAGCUAAAAAAAAUUGUCAGGCCGAAUCAGGAGGGUGAUCCAAACGAAGCAGAAACCAUGUUACUCUCGUGUGGCUAUCAGGAACUCCUUCGUAAAGUGCUUCUGGAGGCUGAUUUGCAGGCCAAAAAUGACGGAUCGCGGAAAGUCAUGGCAUACCAUAUUGAAAAUGCAAUGGAUGUAGUUUUGGAGGGAUAA